UUUGGCGCGAAAAAUCUGACCCCGCCCCCUUACUUUCGCGGGGAAAAAAAGCUGAAUGGGGAAGGAUGAAGGUUCGGAGUAAUGUGUGUAGGGACUGUACUGUGAGAACAAUUUGGAAUCCAAGGUGGCGUUUUUCUGAUGUCCUGAUACUCUAUUCUGUUGCUGCGAUGAUGGCAGUAGAUUGCCACAAACUUGAUGUCUAUAACCCUACUUUACACGCAUCUAUAGGGGAUUCAGUAACAUUCCGUUCCUCCUACUCAAUCUCCAGUUCUCUCCACAACUGGCCUUCUAUAGAGUGGUCAUUUGGUAACCAGACGAUUCUCUAUUACUCUAUGUAUAAUGGCUCCCUAAAUUCUAAAGGAGGUAUUAAAUGGUGCACAGGAAGGAUGCUGAUCUCCCCUUUAUACAAAAGGCGCCUGGAAUUUCACCCAACGAAUGCCUCCUUGACUGUAAGAGAUCUCCAGUAUUGUGAUGAAGGCACUUACCAAAUUACGUUCUUAAGCUUUGAGACUAUUAUAAGAAAGAAAAUCCAACUGAGAGUGCGUUCAGCUCCUGAAUCAGAAGCUGGGUUGUUAUUGGUAUCACUGACUACUGAAGCAGAUGGGUUACAGCAUCCAGAGGAACAGGCCGGCCAGAGCUCAGCUAUAACAUAUUUGGUCUUGAUAUGUGUAUUUGUUAGUGUAUUAUUCUCUUGUUUUAUCUUAUAUAAAUGCAUCCUGCCACUGGACUCUGGCAAAAUGGCACCUAAAUCCCUUUUAAAACAAGGCUUGUGGCACUUACAGAGAAGCAAUAGGUAACAUAUAACAUAGUGUUGCACCCUUAACAUGUCACAAGGUGAAAUGUUAGACCCUUGAAAGCACCAACACUGCCAUUUUUGUAGCCUAGAACAGCGCAGGCUCAGAGGCUACUCUAAGGCUCUACUCUAACACAGUAGAGUUAACCUGCCUGUGUGGGACGAACCACUGUACCUGAAGGAAACCCACUAUGACAAGGGGAACCUACAAACCCCUUGCAGACAGUCUGGGGCCGUCUUUAGCUCCUAAAUCUGUAUUUGUAUAUUGGUAUAACAGGUGAUCAUAGGCCUUUACUGUGGGGGUAUUUUAUAAUUAAUAACAACCAACUUAGUUUUGUAACGGGAAGAGGAAUAAGAUAUACAGCUCCGGCCAUUCAUUAAAGAAUGGAUUGUAUUAGCUAAAGAAUUUGGCCCGCGUCUUACCCUGCAUUUUAGAUUAAGACCCCUGUAUGUGAUUGAGUUUUACACCCCUGUUCUAAAGUGUCGGUGUUUCUUUUUGGGAUUAUUAAAAAAAAAAAAUGUAUUUUUUACAAAAAGGAUGUAUAUGCAAUGUUUUUUUAAUGUUUAUUCAAUUUUUUUUUAAUUUAACUUUUGGUAUGAUGUAGAGAGUGCUAUUCUGAGACAA